ACGGGCAUUGGGCGCCAUUUUGAAAAAGAAAAAAAAUCCCUCCCCGGCGGCGGCGGCGGCGGCGGAGCCGGCCGGGGCUGAGCGCUCGGCUGCAGCGGCGCGGAGGCCGUCUCUCCGGUCCGCCGCGGUCCCCGCCUGUCCCGCCGCCGGCUGUCAUGGCAGGAGCCGGAGGCGGCGGCUGCCCCGCGGGCGGCAACGACUUCCAGUGGUGCUUCUCGCAGGUCAAGGGGGCCAUCGACGAGGACGUGGCCGAAGCGGACAUCAUUUCCACCGUUGAGUUUAAUUACUCUGGAGAUCUUCUUGCAACAGGAGACAAGGGCGGCAGAGUUGUUAUUUUUCAGCGUGAACAAGAGGUCCCAAUAUUGAAGCCCAUGGAUCUUAUGGUAGAAGCGAGUCCACGGCGAAUUUUUGCAAAUGCUCACACAUAUCAUAUAAAUUCCAUUUCAGUUAAUAGUGAUCAUGAAACAUAUCUUUCUGCAGAUGACCUGAGAAUUAAUUUAUGGCACUUGGAAAUCACAGAUAGAAGCUUUAACAUCGUAGACAUCAAGCCUGCGAACAUGGAGGAGCUGACGGAAGUCAUCACUGCUGCCGAGUUCCACCCGCACCAGUGCAACGUGUUUGUCUACAGCAGCAGCAAAGGCACCAUCCGACUCUGCGACAUGCGCUCCUCAGCCCUGUGUGACCGACACUCCAAGUUUUUUGAAGAGCCUGAAGAUCCCAGCAGUAGGUCCUUCUUCUCGGAAAUAAUCUCGUCCAUAUCUGAUGUAAAGUUCAGCCACAGCGGGCGGUACAUGAUGAGCAGGGACUACCUGUCGGUGAAGGUGUGGGACCUCAACAUGGAGAGCCGGCCGCUGGAGACCCACCAGGUCCACGAGUACCUGCGCAGCAAGCUCUGCUCGCUCUAUGAGAACGACUGCAUCUUCGACAAGUUUGAGUGUUGCUGGAACGGUUCGGAUAGCGCCAUCAUGACCGGGUCCUACAACAACUUCUUCCGAAUGUUUGAUAGAGACACUCGGAGGGACGUGACCCUGGAGGCCUCGAGAGAGAGCAGCAAACCACGCGCCACCCUCAAGCCCCGGAAGGUGUGUACGGGGGGCAAGCGGAAGAAAGACGAGAUCAGUGUGGACAGUCUGGACUUCAACAAGAAGAUCCUGCACACGGCCUGGCACCCCGCGGACAGCGUCAUCGCUGUGGCUGCCACCAAUAACUUGUACAUAUUCCAGGACAAAAUCAACUAGAGACGCAAACGCACAGACCCAGUCGUGUCUGGCCUAGUUAGCCGGCCAUCUUUCUGUCGGAGAGCAGGCACCAGUGUCCACUCCAUUAAGAACAGUGACGCACCUGCUGCUUUCCUCACAGACGCAGGAGAAAGCAGCCUCCGCUGGAGGCUGGUGUGGUUCCGCCUUCGGUGAGGCGCGAGACAGGCGCUGCUGCUCACGUGGAGACGCUCUGGAAGCAGAGUUGACGGACACUGCUCCCAAAGGGCCAUUACUCAGAAUAAAUGUAUUUAUUUCAGUCCCAGCCCUCCUUUCCAAUUAAUAGACCAAAAAAUUAACACCCAAGAGCAAAGUCAUUGUCAGAUCCCUUUCUCCACUUCUUUCCCUCUUCUCUGCCAUCGCACCUGGGCUUUCCCUGCAGUGUGGCGUGGCGACCGUCCAUGUCCUCUCCAGCCUUCCUCUGAGUCCUGGUGGCUCCAUGGAUGUAUGGAUGUGGCCCGAGCAGGCUCAGGCGGCCCCACUCACCCACUGCAUCCACCGUCACCCCUUCGGGUGUGACCUCUCAAUAAAAACAACACACUAUAAAAAGUGUUUUUAAAUCCAAACAUAA